ACACCCGCCCCCCUUCCCCUCACCUGGCCGCGCGCCGCCCCGAUACGCUCCUCCUCCUCCUCCUCCUCCGAGCCGGGUAGGGGGGGGCCGGGGAAGGGGUGGAGCUGGCGCCCGCCCUUCGCCAGGCGGAUCCGUGGCUGGCCUCCACUGCAGGGCAGGCCGCGGACUCGCUUUCCCAAGCUCCUUCGCGCACGAAGCCCGGCCUGCCGGGGAGCGACGCCGCCGCCGCUAGACGUCAUUCUCCCGCGACGCCGCCAGCGACGCCAUGGAGUGCGUGGGGUCUGCGGCAGUGCUGGACCUGGCGGAGGGGGCGGCGCGCCUCCCCGGCGGUUUCUGGGCGGCGGUGGGCGUGUGGCUGGAGAAGCCGCAGGUGGCCAACAAGAGGCUCUCCGGCGCCCACCUGGAGGAGUCCCGCGCCAUGCCCCGGCCCCGCAGCUCCCCCGCAGGAGCAGGGCCAGGAGGAGGCGGGCCCCGGGCGGCGAGCUCGGAGCUGGACGUCGCCUGGCAGGCCCUGCGCUGCUCCUCCCUCGGCCCGCUCCUCCUCGGCCCCGGCCCCGCGCAUGUGGACGCGCUACUCCGCACCCUGCUGCCCAAGGGCCGCCCCGCGCCCGCCCGCGAGCUGGUGGUCCGAGAUGUCUUUAAUGGGACUGUAACCUUCUUGCCACUGGAGCAAAACCAUGAAGGGAAAUUCAAGAUCAAGGAGUGCAACAUUUAUCAAAUUAAACUUCUACACAGAAAAGUUAAUGAAUGGUCUCUCUCAGUUUUAUCACCAUCUCCAGAAAACUAUGUUUCAGAUGGAAUUGUUUACCCCAAGACAACAUGGCUUGGAAACGAACUGCUGGCUAAACUGGCUAAAUGGUCCCUGGAAACAAAAAAGUGUGAAUUUAAGAAUACACUCUCUCUGAUUUCUCUGGCUAGAUACAACAACUCUUACCAAAAUUUAAAGGAAAAAUACAAAGAAAUCGUAAAGGUGUGGCCUGAAGUGACGGAUCCUCAAAAAUUUGUAUAUGAAGAUGUUGCUAUAGCUGCAUAUCUGUUGAUCCUUUGGGAAGAUGAGAGAGCUGCAAAAGGCAUGUCUAGUAAACAGUCUUUUGUGGACCUGGGUUGUGGAAAUGGUCUUCUGGUCCACAUCCUCAGCAGCGAAGGGCAUCCUGGCAAAGGAGUCGAUGUCAGAAGAAGAAAAAUAUGGGACAUGUAUGGGCCCCAAACGCACUUGGAGGAAUGUGCAAUUAGUCCAAACUCUCUGUUUCGAGAAGCUGACUGGUUAAUUGGAAAUCAUUCCGAUGAGCUGACUCCGUGGAUACCGGUUAUGGCAGCCAGGUCUUCCUAUUCAUGUCGCUAUUUUGUCCUCCCUUGCUGCUUUUUUGACUUCCAUGGAAAAUAUAAUCGGAGGCAAAGUAAGAAGACUCAGUACAGAGAAUAUCUUGAUUUUGUUACAGAAGUGGGGCUUGUCUGUGGCUUUCAUGUCGAAGAGGAUUGCCUCAGAAUUCCUUCAACAAAAAGGGUGUGUUUAAUUGGAAAGUCUAGGACGUAUCCCAUAAUACAAAGUGCUGCACUCGAUGAACAGCGAGCACGUUAUAUCAGCAGGUGCCAAUGCUGCAGCAUGACGAUGCCGGGUAAAGUGGGAGGUUUUCGUCAAAGGGAGAGACGACCAUCUGCAAGCCGUGCCGGGGGCCUCGUGGCAGACAAAGAAGUGCUGGGAAAUACAGACAUGGAAAGAGCCUUUAGGUUUCAGCCCAGAGGGAAAGAACCAGUCCGGAACUGCACAGCUCUCCCUCAAGAUUUUGUGGAUCGUGUGGUUUUGGAAGUAGCAAACUUACUGUUAAAUGGAAUUCAGAGAGAUUUAUCUGGGACUUCAGGCGCAUGGAGUCGAGGAGAGAGUCUCACUUUGAGUGAAAUAGCAGCACGUUUAAAUGAGGAGACAUUAAAACAUCUGAGGAAUGAAUAUGGAGGCCUACAGACCUUGCUUAGAAACAACCACCAAGUGUUUGAAGUGCUCAGCGGAAGAGUUCACAUCCGUGAUUGGAGAGAAGGGAAGCUGUCAAGCGGAGAGAAGCCAGGAGGCACGCAGGCCGAGCAGGGAGCUCCCUCGAAAGCCAGGAAAACUCGCCUGUGUUGGUUUGCGAUUCACCAUCCGCAAGGCUGUCCUAUGACGUCUGGAAGCUGUUCUUAUGCUCACAGCGUGGAGGAACUGAGGCCACCCCAGCGGGUGCCAAAGAACAAUCCUGCCAGAGUUCCUCCAGUGGACUUUGGGUCCCAUAAAGAGCCCCUCCCCCAGAUCAUGCGGUGACAUUUACAUGAAAGCCUGUCUGUCAGGUGAUGGAGUUGAGCAGCCAGAUGCAGGUAUCUGCUGUAAAUAAGAUGGCCCUUCCUGGGACGACCUCUCUGGGAUACGAAAGAGUGACAUUGCAACAGCUAACAAAUUUGUCAGCUCUCAACAGUUUCUAACCUUCCAUCUGAAAGUCCAGGAAAAGCAAAAGCCGUCACCAGACUCCAGUCUGAUUUUUAGGAGUGCCUUCCCCUCCAACUUUCAUUUGACACCUUGGUCUUUAUACCAUAGACCGCUGAAGUACAGUCGCACAGACCAAUACAGGAACGGGGGUCUCGGCUCCAGCUGGCCAUGCAGUCCUAAACUGUGCUGCCUCUUCCAAGUCCAGCAGUCAGUGGUCCUGGAAGGAGGCAACUCUGCUUAGGGGUGCCACUCUGUUAGUGCCACCCAGGCCAGUGGUGCCAUUUAAAGAAUUGAGAACCAAAGUCAAAUCAUGUGAAAGAUUUAUCUCCCUCUCCCCUCCCUCGAUGUCAUCUCCAGGCGCCAUUGGGGAGGGGCCAUGCAGAACAGCCUCCGUUUGCUCCACCUCCAUAAAGAGCCAGGUGCACUCCCAGCAUCUCCAGGUAAAUGGAUCCAGCGUCCAGUGACACGAAUGAUCUUGAGGUGCUGGAGACCCACUGCCGGUCUGUGUAGACAGGACUGAAGUACCAAAGGUCCAGUUCAGUAUCGGACAGCUGCAGGUGUCAUUCACAGCCCCUCCCCCAACAACUAAAAAUAGAGACCAGGAUCUGUUUCGUUGGCCUUGUGGGACGUUGGAGGGGCUUCUGCAGCCAUCUGAAAAGUAGCAUUUGAAACUGAGGGGAGGUUCAGUACUUUUUGUGUUACAGGAGGAGGAUUCAAAGGACACAUCAGAUAAGACCCUUCCAUCCAGAGUUGAACUUGAGCGUUUGGGGUAGACAGAAGAGAGCAAAAGAGGCAUAAGAAGACUGGUAAAAAAGCACAGAAAAUGACAUGAGCCUCUUUUACCUGGAUACUUUUGCAAAAAUAGAGUCAGGGGAGAGCACACCCCAUUUGCUCCCUCCCUCCCUCCCUGCAGGCCCUGGUGCCCCCUGCUAGGUACAGGGGCCAAGGUGUUUGCUUUCUGCUCCAGCCAUCUGCAAGGAACUUGUAAAGUCCAGGCCAAAAACUACAUCCAAAAACUACAUUGAGACAGUUUCACACAGACAGGCAGGGGAAACAGAAGAUACAAAAGCUGGAAACUGCAGAUACUGAAAGCACUCCCCAAAUCUGGGCUGCGCGCCAACCUUGGCAAACGAAAACCCUCCAAGGUUAAACAGCAGCCCUACACCAUCCCUGUUGCUUCUGUUGGCCAGGUAUGUGUGUGGGAGGGAAGACUUGGAAUGGAAAACAGGGCAGAACUCUACCGCCACUGGCCACGUGCGAUGGGGAAGACGCUUGUCCUAGGCUCCCAUGGAAUUGUGGGCACAGUCUGCAGCAUAGAACACGCUGCCCAGGGCCCUGCCCAUGGACGCCCAGCACAUAAUGGAUGUGACAGCCAUCCUGACUUUAUUUUAUCUUACAAUUGAAUAUUUCUGGGAAACAAUUCCUGGGAAACAACCAGACCCCUGGGCCAUCCCAAACAGAUGUGAGAAAGCGGUCCUGUGCUUGGCUCACAGAAAGGCAGUUUUCCAUGGGGCUGCCAUGGCCCAGAAACUUCUUGAGCUGGGGAGGAGGGCCAAAUGUUUUAACCAUGUCCACCAUGACCUCCAGAAAUUGGCCAACAUGUCCAGGGCAGUACUUGGCCAACCACUUAUCAACAGAUACAGCUGGCAGUGGCGUAACAAGGGAAGAGGGGGAUGAAGCCCUGGGUGCCACUUGAGUAGGUCAGAUGUUUGGCAGGCUGCCUCUUGUAACUGUGCCCACCCUAAACUCCACAGGCAGUUUUGGGACAGGUGGGCAGUCGAACACUGAGCCUCUGGUCAGGUGGAUCUUGGGGGGCAGAGCCCACAGUAUGAAACUGAAGUCAAUUAGACCUCGUUGGUUCAGCAUUCAAGUGCACUUUUGGAGUUCACAUGGAAUUCAGGGGUGGGCACAGUUGUGAGGGAGGGGGCAAUCCACCAAAUCACCCCUCCCCACCUAUUAAGUGGGGCCUAGGACAGGGCAAAUCAUUGUGCUUGUACUGAGUGCUAUUUUAGGCAGCUAUACCCGACAGCUGGGUAUCAUCAGCAUACUGGUGACAACCCAGCCCGAACCACUGGACGAACUGAGCAAGAGAACAUGUAUAGAUGUUAAAUAACAUUGGGGAGAGGAUUGCUCCCUCACACCAAUGAAUGGUGUGCUGAGGUCCCCUCCCUUAAUGCUCUGUCCCCAGCCUUGGAGGAAGGAGAUCAGCUAUUGCAGGACUGUUCCCCCCCUCCCCCCCCCACAUAUAUCAGCAAGAAGUUCAUGAUCAACUAUAUUGAACACUGCUGUCAGAUUGAGGAGCACUAUCAGCGCUGAUCCACCUUGGUCCAGCUGCCUUUGGAGAUCCAUCUGUGAGAACAACUGUGGUGCAACAGGCCUGCUUUGAGCUGCAAGCCCUCUUCCACCCAGCCCUCUCCUAGGGGUUUCCAACUUUUUCUGGAAGGGUCUGUCUGUCUGUCUGUCUGUCUGUCUGUCUGUCUGUGGCAACUGCUGCCACCGCCUGAUCUUUGUUCCCACAGGGGAGGGUCAUGACCCUCCAGCUUCCUUGCCAGCUCAGAGGGCUUGCGCCUGUGGAUCUCCUGCUUCCCCUCUCCUGGGUACCACAGGGGGUGGGGGUGGCCUGGCGGACCUCUGGAGGAAUAGCUGCUUGCCAACUGGCCCCCUCCCUCCUUGUAAAAUAGCAUGUCCAAGAUGGUGGAGGUCUGUGUGGUACCGAGAACUGCUGCUAGCAUCCAAAGUUUAAAAGUACUUAUUUUAAAAAAGAAAAUGUUUACAAGCAUACUUUUAGGACCAGAUUGAACAAGAGAUUCAAAAGAAAUGAGGGAUAAAUUCUUCUGUCCCUUUCUCUAGACAUCCCCUAUCAGUUGUUAAAAUAAGGCAGGCUCUUAAGCUUAGGAUAUUUCAGCUGCCUACAGAUUCUCCCAUUAACUGCAAGAUGACCUUCAUCUCCUUGGACAAUUUCAGGUCUUGGACCAGUAAUCAAUAGCAGACUCUAGGUAGAGGAUCAGUAGUCUUUAUUGAGUUGGCAUCAAGGACUCAGGCUUCAGAAAGCCAGUUCUGGCUAUCCUGGCUUCUACAGUCAUAUUUAUUGCCCUUUGACUCCCCUGGAUUCCCCCUUCCCUUCUUCCCAUAGAAUGUGAGGAACUGAGGUGUGAAAGACUUUGUUUUUGAAGGAUCCCAAGGCCAGGACAGCGAUGGCCUCCUGCUGGGCUGCAUCCAAGGCCUCCACUACUCCCUCCUCUCAUCCGGAGUACCAAGCAUGGUCAGCCUAGUUACCUACAUUGCUAAGCGCACAGAAACAGAACAAAGGUCCAUUAACAUAUGACAGGUGUGGAUACAUGGGACACGCCCCCACUCAGAUUCCUUCAGCCCAGAUGUGCACCUUAACGCCACUGCUGGCAGGAGGGGGCAGGUGCCACUCCUGACUAACGAACAUGUGGGCAAAAUGGCUGCCCCUUCCAGUUUCCAGGUCAGAUCUCUGUCCCCUCCAAUUGUCCCAGCCAGAACAGCCCCUUGCUCUCUGCUCCUGAGAGUUUUAUCCGUUCCCAGUCCCCACCCCCUUGACCUGUUUGGCCUGGGUCAAGGAACCUUUUCCUGUUGGAGCCCGCUCUGUCUUUUUGAGACCACCCAAUCUGGGAUACCUGCUUGGAGAAGGAGGGGGGCUUAACCCUCCCAUGGCCUCUCUCUGCCUGUAUUAGCACUUCUAAAGGUGGCUGAGCAGGGCUGGAACUCUUCUGACCUGUUAAAAUACUCCCUUCAGACCUCAAGUGGGGGGAACCCAUUCCCAAUGACCAACGCUUUCCCCGUCCCAUAGCCAGGACAGAAGCCUGAUUGGGAAGCACUCAGCACUAACAUGUCACAGGGAGGCACAGGAUCCUGCAGAGUAUUUUGGAAACCAAGGGGAUACACAAGUCUCUGCGGGCAAGCAUGAAUCCAUUCUCCAUCUUUACAGGGAGGGGCUGGGGUACUCAGGCAGCCCUUUAGAGAGAAAUGGUCUUCACGUGUGGAUUCUUUUAUUAUUAUAGAUACAUGGUAGUGAUUUUGGUAGCCAGCCAAGAGAUUUUUUUGAAAUGAUAUUUGGUCUGGACCAGAGUUGGGGUGUGGUGGGGCAGACGGGAUUUUUGUCCAGGGGCCACCGUGGUUCUGGUCAGCCCUGUUCAAGCACAUGGCCGGCCCCUUGCAACAGUGGGAUGAAACACUGUGGAGGGAAAGGGCGGGGGGGGGGGUCAGUCCACCAGCUGUACCUCACCCCUUGAGAGACACUCAUGCUCCAGGGAGGAGCAGCUGGCCAGGACAGAGGGGAGAAGAGCCAUCAUGGUCCCUCCUCCUCCCCCCCCCCAUCAGAACCAGGGUGGUUUCAGUAGUUGUCUGCAUCUGGCCAGCUUGUGCAGAGGUGCUGCUGUGAGGGGCUGGUCCUGGUCCUGCUGUGCUUCCCCUUCGGCCCCAGGAUUGACCCCAUGUGAACACAGUGGGAUUUUUGCCCCAUGUAUACCACUGCAGGGGUAGCUGUUACGUGACUCAACUGCAGAAUAUUUGCAACUUGCAGAGUUUGCAAACUAACCCAGAGUUCAAGCACUUUUCAGUGUGAACUCCCGUUGUGGUGGGUUUUCUUUAAGUCUGUUACAGACUUCCCCCUGUGAUACACCUCUGAAGAUGCCAGCCACAGAUGCAGGUGAAACGUUAGGAACAAGAUCGACCAGACCACGGCCACACAGCCCGGAAAACCCACCACAACCAGUUGAAUCUGGCCGUGAAAGCCUUCAACAAUACAUUCAGUAAACUUUGCUGGAAAUUACUUUUAUGUUGGACAGUUAACUGAAGCAGUUACAGAAAAGUUACAGAGUGGCUUUUUAAUAGAGGUUAAAGAUUGAGAUUGGUCUUCUUAUCUUACUAUCUCAGAUGUAACUCAUAUGCAUCUGCUGAUUGGCCUGUUAUUUGAUAUUUAGUUAUGAACAAAUGAGCUAUUUAGAUAGUAAUCACUUGAUUAUGAUAGAACAGAUUUAGAAAAAAGUUAAUUUUCUAUAAACAUGCACUACUGUGACAAGCAAAUCAAAUUUUGUUAGAUGUAAGUAUCAGGAACAGUAGGUGAGAUUUCUUGGUGUGUAACUUGGACUUUUUGAUAAUCAUUAAAGCAAUGAGGCAGAAAGCUGGAACCUGGUUUGCUUCUUAAACUAUUGUUCAUUCCAAUAAGAUUAAGCAAUGCUAGGAACUUUGUUAAUUUUAACAUUUAUCUUCACAGUAAUUAUAGGGUUAAUUUUUACUUUCUUGGAAGUAAGUGUCAGGGAUUGUAUCUAAGUGAUUGAGAUGCAUUCCUUGCUCAAUGUAAUUACUACAAGAUAUAUGUAACCAGUCUGCUACAUGUUACCACUGCCACCUGGGGACAUUCUUUCCUUGAUCUUUGUUUUAUGGCUUCA